UUAACCCGAAUGUUCUGAACCCACCCGGCCCGUCGGCGGCGCCUGUGAUACACGACAAAAGAAGAUUUUGUGCUUCAUCACCCACCUCUCAAUAUCUUAUUAUUGUUACUAGAUUUGUGCUUUACCUGUAGUGAAAAAGCCCUAGAUUUGUGCUCUUGUUACUCAGGUUGGUUGAAUCUUUGAUAUAUUGGUUAUUAUACCCACAUGGCAUUGCCUGUAGAUCAUAAAGCAAACAUCAUCGACGGAAAAUUAAUCGCACAAACAAUUCGUUCGGAAAUCGCCGCUGAAGUCAGUGUCUUGGUUGAGAAAUAUGGCAAGGCACCUGGACUUGCUGUAGUAAUUGUUGGACAUAGAAAAGAUUCUCAAAGUUACGUUAAUAUGAAGAGGAAAGCGUGUGCUGAGCUUGGAAUUAGGUCAAUUGACAUUGACCUUCCGGAACAAGUACCCGAAGCCGAAUUGAUAGCAAAAGUUCAUGAAUUAAAUGAUGAUCCCAAUGUACAUGGCAUAUUGGUUCAACUUCCCUUGCCAAAACACAUAAACGAAGAAAAAGUUUUAACCGAAAUCAGCUUGGAAAAGGAUGUUGAUGGCUUUCAUCCUCUCAACAUCGGCAAACUUGCUAUGAAAGGCAGAGACCCGCUCUUUCUUCCUUGCACCCCAAAGGGAUGUAUUGAGCUUCUGAAACGCAGUGGAGUUACCAUAAAGGGAAAACGGGCCGUGGUUGUUGGCAGAAGUAACAUUGUAGGGUUACCAGUUUCAUUGCUGCUACUGAAAGAAGACGCUACAGUUACUGUAGUUCACUCACGUACACCAGACCCGCAAAGUAUUAUCUGUGAGGCUGACAUUGUUAUUGCUGCCGCAGGACAAGCUAUGAUGAUAAAAGGUAGUUGGAUUAAACCUGGUGCUGCAGUUAUAGAUGUGGGAACAAAUGCAGUUGAUGAUGCUAGUAGAAAAUCAGGAUACAGGCUGGUGGGUGACGUGGAUUUUCAUGAAGCAUGUAAAGUGGCUGGAUGGAUUACACCCGUCCCGGGCGGUGUGGGACCCAUGACAGUAGCGAUGCUCCUUAAAAACACGUUGGAUGGCGCUAAACGUGUGAUUGGUCAGUAAAUUAUUAAUCUUAAUUUUCUAUUACCAGAAUUAUGAAUGCCUACAGAUGUUGUACCCUUUUUGAGGUCUUUAAUUUUGACUUUUUGUCUCUAAUAAGAAUAUUGUUUUUUUUUUUUUUCAAUAAUGGGCUGUAUCGAUCUUUUACAUUUUGGUGCCUUUUUUUUUUUUCGAAACCAAUACUAUGUAGAGAAAUGCGAGUACUAUGUUAGCUCUUAUGCUAUUUUAUUACAUAAAAUGACUAAAAUUCAUAUA